AUGCAGAGGAAUCUUAGCGAAGACAGUAGUAGCAGUAGCAGCAAAGAUAUCGGGAAAUGGGGCAAGAGACUGCUGGGAACAUUCAUCGUGCCGGCAUGGUCGCUCAGCAAGGGUCCUAACUACAUCAAGCAAGGGGACAAGGUCAUGAUCCAGAGGCAAAAACCCAAGCCCCUCCAGGCUCAGCCGACCAAAAUCACGAAAGCAGGCAAGAAGCAGACAACGCUGAGCUUCGGGGCAGCUGCGUCUUCGGUCAAGAAAGUCAAGCAGAAAGAGGACUAUAUUGUCAGAUUCAGCAACAUGAGAGGCUUCGAAGUGGGGAGAAUACCAAGUGACAUUUCAGUGUGGAUGUCAAAAGUGAUGGACCACGACGUAGCACAUUUCGAGGGAUUCGUCGUUGACUGUCCCUCCAGCCUUACAGUAGGCUGUGAUCUGCUCCUGGAGAUCAAGGCAUACAUAUUGCGGUCCGCCUUUCCAGAGUCGCUUUCCGAAGGAAUCUCUUUUAGGGAUGGCCCCGAUGCGCUCAAUGGCUGGGGCUCAGAGACAGCUGAAUCAGCCGACGAGAAACGACUGCGAGAACGCAAGGUCUCGCUAGUUCGGCUGUUUCGAGCAUGCACAUUGCGUCCCAGUUUAUCAAACGACAUCCUCAAGUCUCAUCGUGGCAGCGAGAAUCUCGACAGCGAAGCUAUGAUGGAGCAGUACGGUGACGUUUUGGCUUCGCAGAAGCCGAGUCCGAAGCCAACAUCUCACCCACCCAUCUUGGAGGGGCCCAUCGAGGUGGAUGGAGAGGAACAAGAAGAGAAUGAUGGGACAGAGAUGGAUGAUGUACAGCUCGAGAAUGUCUACAGCAAGGCGCAGCUGCACGACUCUUCGCUGCCAGAGGUGGAACCCGCGGAUGGAUUCGCAUUGACGCUGCGCCCUUACCAGAAGCAGGCACUCGGUUGGAUGCUCAAGAUGGAGGAGCCGCAGGGCAAGAAGAAGAACAAAGACUCGCGAGAACAGAGUUUGCACCCGCUCUGGGAGGAAUAUCGGUUUCCCGUCGACGACGAGCGCAUGGACCUGCUGGACACGGCGACGGGCACCUUUUACUUCAACCCAUACACGGGCGAUCUCAGCCUCAAGUUCCAACACUCCAGUCGAGGAGCUCGCGGUGGAAUUUUGGCAGAUGAAAUGGGUCUGGGAAAGACCAUCCAAAUGGCAUCUUUGAUCCUCACCAACCAACCAACGGAGGAGCAAUUGGAGGAGGAGCGCCAAGGUGCAGAUCAGCAAGAACAGGAACAGAAGCAAGAUCAGGGCAAAAAGUAUCGUCAAAUGUCCCUGGCAACCUCAUUUGCCGCUGGGAGCAGCACGUCAGACGUUGAUCGGCGCAGGGCUAUGCUCAAGACGUCUGCCUCGGAUGGGAAGGUGACACUGGUUGUAGCGCCCAUGUCUUUGAUCGGCCAGUGGCGCGACGAAAUGGAGCGGGCGAUACCCUCGAUGACUUCGAUGCUCUACUAUGCCGAAUCGAAAGGCGACCUUGUCGGAAGGCUUGAGGGAGGAAGCGUCGACAUUGUCAUCACUUCAUAUGGCACCUUGGUAACGGAGUACAAGCGCUUCCUAGACAGCGGAGGUUCUGGCUCCAAAUAUCUGGCGAACAAUUGCCCCCUGUUUGCGGUCGAGUGGGUCCGAAUUAUCCUAGACGAAGCGCACAACAUCAAGAAUCGAGCAACGAGAAACUCGAAGGCGUGCUGCGAGCUCAUGUCCAAGCGCCGCUGGUGUCUGACCGGCACGCCCAUUGUCAAUCGCUUGACAGACUUCUACAGCCUGCUACGCUUUCUCCGGGUUGAACCAUGGGGCGACUUCAGCUUCUUCAACUCCUUUAUCUCCAAGCCGUUCGCUCAAAAGAAUCCGCGGGCCCUCGAAAUCGUUCAGGUCGUCCUUGAGUCAGUUCUCAUGCGCCGCGAGAAGAAGAUGAAGGACAAAGAUGGCAAAUCCAUCGUCGAGCUGCCACCAAAAGUGACUGAGGUCGUGCGUCUCAAAUUCAGUCCGCUGGAAAGGCAGAUUUACGACAGCGUUUACGACCGGGCCUACAUGCAAUACCAGACCCUGGCCGCUGCUGGGACGAUCUCGAGAAACUUCAGCUUCAUUUUCUCGGUCCUUAUGCGCCUGAGGCAGGCCGUUUGCCAUCCGAUGCUCGUUCUCAAGGGCCCUAAGAAGCUUAAGGAGGCUGAGGAAGAGAAGGAAGAGGACGCCUUGGGAGACAAGGAGGAAGAGCUGAAGCGUCUCAUCGCCGACUAUCAGGCCGGGCUCAAUCAUUCUGAUCCCACCCGAUCUCAGGUGGUAGCCGAUGGGCAGGAGGCGCUCUCGAUCGAGGCACUGCAGGAGUUGAUUCAGCAGCAGCAAGGUGACGGCGAAGAGGACAUGGAAUGUCCGUUUUGCUUUGAGGAGAAGAGCGAGAUAUGCUAUCUGCCCUGCAAGCAUAUGGGCUGCCGAAGCUGCCUCGUCGACCAUUUGCAGCGAUGCGAGGAGAAAGACGAAGAGCCGGCUUGCCCAACGUGUCGAAAGGGACCCGUCUCACCUGCUCAAUUCGUCAGCGCCGUAAGGACGCGCCGCCGCAAAAAUCGCAUAGCCGAAGCCGUCGGGGCCGGCUCGGACGACGACCAAGAACUCCCACCGCCCUCUUCGCAAAAUUCACAGCCUGAAGUCUUCUUCCGACGCAAUGAUUUAAGAAGCAGCACGAAGCUGGAGGCUUUGGUGGAGCACCUUAAUAAUCUCCGCUACGAGGAUCCCAAUUUCAAGGGCGUCAUAUUUAGUCAGUUCACUUCCUUUUUGGAUCUCGUCGAGGUGGUGCUUCGCAAGAACCACCACGCUUUUGUUCGACUCGAUGGCACGACUUCCCAAAAGGAUCGAGAGACUGUCUUGAAGCAGUUUAGCAGUGCUCCCAAGCGCAUGCUCAUGCUGAUUUCCCUUCGUGCUGGAGGUGUGGGCCUCAACUUGGUAGCUGCUAACCACGUCUGGUUGCUCGACUGCUGGUGGAAUGCGAGCACUGAGGACCAAGCUAUCGACCGCAUCCAUCGUCUCGGACAGACGAGGGAGGUCCACGUCCAUCGCUAUCUCAUCGACGAGUCGAUUGAGGAUCGAAUUCUUGCCAUCCAGGCCCGCAAAACGGCACUGGUCGGUGCCGCUCUGGCUGGAACUCGCGGGCCAGACGACAAGUCCGAAGCACUACAGAACCUCGAGCUCCUCUUUUCCGAUUGA